AUGGCAACCUCGAGUACGAAAGCAACUUCACUACGGGUCGGAGUGCUCGUCAUUCCUCCAGUCCAACUUCUCGAUCUAUCCCCAAUUGACCUAUUCGGGAUGUGCAGCCCAGAAUAUCUCGAAGUCACAUCUCUUCCAAGACCUCUUCUUGAACUCGCCAUUCCAGUCACAAUCCACUACAUCUCCGCGUCGGGACCGGACUCCAAUGUUCAGCUGACAGCCAAUGCACAGAUCCGCGCAACAGCGUCUUUGACGUCUCCGGAAGUUCAGCCUGGCGAGCUGGAUACACUGUUACUUCCUGGUCCCGACCCUAAUCUAGUUCCUGAUCAACAAUAUCUGGACUUCUUGCGAGCACAUGAGAAAGCUGGGAAGACUGAUAUUCUUGUGAUAUGUACAGGAAGCUAUGCAGCCGGUUAUGCUGGGAUUUUGAAUGGAAAGCGAGUGUCUGGACCACGAGGACUCCUGCCAGACUUGAAGAAGAAGUUUCCAGAGGCCAAGUAUGUGGAGCGGAGAUAUGAGACGGAUGGGCGACUAUGGUCUGCAGGUGGUAUCACAAAUGGCCUGGACCUUACCGGCGCGUACCUUCGUUACAAAGUCCAACGGGAACUAGCAGACCUAGUCUGUGCCAUGGCAGAUGUUGACGACCGCGGGCAAGACUACGACACUGGAAAAGCGGGCAAUACGCUAUGGUGGAUUUGGCUGAUCCUGAAGUCAGCCAUCAAGGGAAGCAAAGCAGAGAAGCCUAAGAAGCCAUGA